AUGGCUAAAAAAAUAUUCAAAUUUAAAUAUAAUCAACCUGGUUUUGUCAAGUCUGAUAUAAAACUUGAUUAUACAUUCAAAAGUCCUAGUGAUACAAGUUCAUUUUAUAAUGAAAGUGAUAAUAUGGAUAAGGCUUUUCAAAAAAGUAUAGAUAAGAUUUCUCAAAAAAGUGCAAAUGAGGUUUUACAAGAAAGUAUAGAUGAGACUUAUA